AUGGCCAAGAAAACCGCUUCUCCAAUCCGCUCCCCUGCCCCGACCCGCGAGUCCCCCGAGGCUGAAAGAUCUGAUGACCAGACCACAGACGCCCCUUCACCCGCGCUCGGCGACGUCAAGCGCUCAACUAGCAAGGAGCGCAAGAGGAAGGCAAUCGAGCCUCCAGGCAGUCCGCGCGACUCGAGGGGACGAUCAAGUUCGAAUGAAACUCAACAUUCCGACGAUUGUGAACCGGAGGCGAACGAGCAUUCCCCUGGAGCUUCUGUCGAGCCUCUGAACAGUCCGGAAGAUCCAACAGAACGACCCAGCUCGAUCAAAGACCAGACCUGCGACGGCUGUGAUCCGGAGGUGGAGCACCAGGCGCCUGGAGCGUCCGUCGAGCCCGUAGACUCCGCAGAUGACCAGGGUUCCUGCGCAAGUGAUGGCAAGACCAAACAGUGCAUUCCUUCCGCGGAGCCUUCCGACCAGCGUUACUGGGACAAUUUCGAUGAGAUCUGGUUCAAGAUGCCCGCUUCGCCCUCCGCUGCCGCACCGCGCGACGACUGCGCUCUUACCCUGUCUCGUGCCGGCCACCGAGCACGCCACGGCGUCUUGAACGCUGCAUUCAUCGUCUUCACAGCAGACGGAGCUGAUUACAUUGUUGCCUUCGACAAGCCCGAUGACGACCAGACCCAGGACCACACGCUCGCGGGGGAUUGCAUCGGCCUCUUUGCGAGAGGAGAGUACAAAACCAUCGCCCACCUCCUGGAACCGCUCGUUCGACAGCUUCUUGUCAAGACCACGCCAGAACCUCCGGUAGAUACCUUUGAGUCCUUCUUGUCGCGCGCAGAGAUCUAUUUGAGGGUGGUUUCCGGUGCCGAAACGCUCGAACCGUACCCGGAUUUUCGCUUCGACAUGAUGCCCGAGCCCAUCGACUGGGACCUCAUGAAGAAGAGGGUCUCGCAUCUUGGGGGCCGCAUCUACCAACUCUCAGAUGUCACCAAGUUCCGCCAACUCACCCGACGGGUCUACGAGGUUACAAUCGAUGGGGAAACCGUGAUAUACAAAAGGGCGGAAACGUAUUACUCCCUUCGUCGGGAAACGACCGGUCUACAAGGGGCUGAGCUUUUGAACAUCCGGGCACCAAGACUUGUAGGGGUCAUUGGCGCGGAUACUAUAUGGGGCGGACUCCUGAUGACAUUGGUUCCAGCUUCCUCUGAUCUCUCGGAUCUCAAUUGCUCUGGAGACUCUGCACAUCGACUUCAAGCAACUACUGCUGAGCGUCAGCAAUGGUUUGACGAAAUUUCUGCUGCGUUUGAUGGCUUCCAUCGCCAUGGCUUCGCCUACGGGGAUGUGAAGCCGGCCAACAUCUUGAUCGAUGACGACCGACAGGCAUGGCUGAUCGAUUUCGAAGGGGGUGUUACCCAAGGCUGGGUCGAUGAGGACCUGCUGGACACGGUGGAAGGAGACUUGCAGGGCUUGCGAAGGUGGCGCGAGUUCCUGGGCUUGGAGGAAUAG